AUGUUGAGGAUUGGGAGAGAGUGUGGGAGAGAGCUGCAUGUAUGCUCUCAAGACUCCAGCAUCUGGCCAGAAGAGGCCCUCACCCUCAAGGAGAAGCUUGCAGCAAAGGACCAGGAGAUUUUGGCUGAGAAGGCCAAAGCACUUGCUUCUGAAGCCCACAUUGCCAAAUUACUCAAGCUUCUUGAGCAGGAGAAGAAGAAGAAUAAGAAGGAAGAUGCUGCCAUGUCCAUGCUCAUCCCUAAGCCACUGGGGGAAGCUGGGCAUGGGCAAAAUUACAAUGGCUACAACCUCCAGAAAGAAAUGGGCCUUGGGGAGCAGAGGGAGCUCUUCAAAUCGUUCCAAAAGUACAACUUGGACAUGCAGAGGAAUAUCACUGCACAUCCCCCUGCCCUCCUCUCAGCAAUCUAUGCCUAUGCUCGUGAGAAGGCUCCUCAGCUUGCUGUGUUCAAAGAAGACUGGGCGACCCAUGCUACGAUCCAGCAGUUCACCAAGAAUAGGAAGUACAACAACUGCAUCAAGAAGGAAGAGAUUGCUGCAGAGAAGGCUAGGCUGGAGAACACACUGGCAGAGGGGGGAGGAGGGGGAGGGGGAGGAGGAGGAGGAGGAGGGGGAGCAUGCUGA